UCACCCCAAAACCAUUUCACGGCUUCAUUCAUUUCACGGCUUCAUUCAUCAAAAACCAUUUCACGGCUUCGUUCACCGAAAAUCAAUUCAUGCAAGGCCUUCAUUCCCAUUUUGAUUUCCUUCAACGCUGAGAAAUUGUCAAGAUUCAAAUUCAGAUUCAGAUUCAGCGAUUUAGGGAUUAAUUUUCAGAGAAAGGAUAAUGAAAAAGCAAAAAACAAAUAUGGAGUUUCUCAUCUUCAAGCUCAGAGUGCUUAUCUGAAGCUUGGACGUACACAAGGCUGGUUCUUGAGUUCGUUGUUUCAAUCUUCUCGGUGAAAAGAGAACAAGAGGUUAUACACAUAUGCUAGAUGUGUGGGACAUGCCAGAUGGAGAGUUUAUAUUGGUGGAUGUAGAUUCUUUUGGUCAUCCUAUUGGUUGGGAAGGAAAAACUCUAUUAAAUGCAAUAGGAAGUUUGGUAAGGAGAUCUCAAUGUGCUCCAAUCAAUUACAUUAGCUGGAGUAAGAUGCCUGAGUCCUAUAUUACUGAUAUGAUUGAACUAAUUCAGACAAAGUUUAGAUUUGUUCCUGAAUUCACUGAGCAAACUGAGAAGAUACUAAAGGAUAACAUGAAGGUUAAGUGGAGGCAAUUCAAGUAUCAUUUGAAAUCAAAGGGAUAUGACAGUAGUAAGACAGAAGCAGAAAUGGCUGCCUACAUCCCAGACACAAGGAUUGAUCCUUCUCAGUAUGGUGCUUUAGUACAUCACUGGUGUUCCAAAGAUGGACAGAAAAUAAGUAACAUGAACAAAAAGCAUCGCACAAAAUAUGAUGACAUACAUUGCAUGGGAACCAAGAAUCUUCCACAACUGAUUCAUGAGAUGACAACAAAAGCUAGAGGAAAGCAACCAUCACGAGCACAAAUUUAUAUUAAUACUCGAACUCGAAAAGAUGGAAGUAUUGUUAAUGAGAAGGCCGCUAAUGUAAUUGAAGAACUAAAGAAGCAUAUGGUAGAGGAGGCAGAAAGUUCAAAUAAUUCUCAAACCACUCAAGAUUCUACAAACUGGAAGAAUGAUAUUUACUCAAAAGUUAAAGGAUCCGAAAAAAGAGGACGUGUGCGUUGUCUUGGCAAGAUUGCUCGACACGCAAGUUCUAGCUCUAACUCUCAUGCUAACCAUAGAGUUAAAACAUUGGAGAAUUUGCUUGGAAAUCUUGUUUCCGUUCUCCAAGCACGGUUCUCUGAAGAUCCACAAAUUAAUGAGGUUUUACAAGCUGUAGCUGAACAGGUGAGUGGAGACAACAUUGGGUAGGGUUUCUGGAGAAAAGGUUAUACCCAAGUGGCAAAUUCUUUGAUCUUCUUGGUUUAGCCAGUGAUCCUGAAAAGAAAGAAAGACUUCAAUUGGCAGAGAUUAAACAUUAUCGUUUGGCUAUGGUUGUUUUCCUCAUAUUUGCAAUCUAAGAUGCUGUUACUGGAAAAGGGCUUUAGGAGUUGGUUUAUCAAAUCUGAAAUAUUUCUCAACAACAAGUGUUGCAGGACAAAGAAUAAUGGAAUGAUAGAGUUCCAAAGAUAGAUUCUAAAAACAUGGAAGGAGAGAUUUUAGAGAAAAUGUUAGGAUAAUUUGAAAUUAAAAAUGUAUUCAUAAGUGGAGAAAUAUAUCACUUUUGUAAAGAUUUUAUGAUCUACUUA